CGCGUUGGCCGGGGCGGGGCGGGCGCGCGGGGCCGCGGGGCGCUGACGGGACCCCGCCGCCGCCGCCAUGACCAACGUGUACUCGCUGGACGGGCUGCUGGUGUUCGGGCUGCUCUUCGUGUGCACCUGCGCCUACCUGCGGAAGGUGCCGCGCCUCAAGGCCUGGCUGCUCUCGGAGAAGCGCGGCGUCUGGGGUGUCUUCUACAAGGCUGCCGUCAUCGGCACCCGGCUCCACGCGGCCGUGUCCGUGUCCUGCAUCCUUAUGGCUUUCUACGUCCUUGUGGUGAAGUGAUCUCGAAGCGGCUGCAGGGAGCAGCGUCCUGGCAGCGCGGAGCAGCUUCCAGUACAGAUCCCGGCAGCUCUCGGCGUUGGUGCUCUGCACGGUAGCCGCCGUGGCCCAGCGCCGCGCUCGAGCCCGUCUCGUCCCCGUCGAUGGGGCCCCGCGGCGAUUGAUGUCAUCGGGCCACGCUUCAGCUCUUGGAAAGGGAAUUUCCCAACGGGGCAGUGGGCCGGGGGCUUGGCCCCGCUGUGCGGCCGGAGCCCACCGGGCCCUGCCGCUCCUCUAGGAGGGAGAGAAUCGCCCUGUGCCUGGUGAGCGCCUCCUCUGGGCCCGGCUGCAGCCCCACACGGCGCGCCGGGGCCCUUGGCGCCUCCGCGGCGCAGGGCCGGGCGGCGCAGGGGGACGCUGUUGUCCCGCAUGCGGCAUUUCUUUGCUCUGCUGGGACUGUGCUGCGUCCCUCGGCGGGCAAACGUGCCCGUCUCCCUCUGUAGCUGUGAUUUUUUUUUAACUGUUUAUGAACUCUGGACCCUAAUGUGCAAAUAAAAUGGGGGGUUUCCCUGCU